AGUAUGCCGUGCCCAUGGGUCUGCCCAGCCACCUCAUCCAGCGCCACCGCCCGCAGCCUGCCUACGUCACUUACACAGCCCCCGUGGUCAAGAUGAUCGUUGAGCAGGAUGAGCGGAGAAAGGCUGCAUCCAAGCGCCCAGCAGAGAUGGAGCCAAACAGAGAGCCUCAGGAAGCUGGUUUUGAGGAGGAAACCCAAGUGAUGUCUAAGCUGAGCAGAG